AUGAGAUACGCAGGCUCCCGGGGCUUUACUGAUCACCCUCCCCGCCGCUCGCAGCCCUCCCCCCGCUAUCCCCCGCUCGGCCACCCCACCCCCAUACGGGCUAUUCCGCUCCGGGCCCCCGUAGCGUUCGGACGUGUGGCGCGUUCCUUGCCGACACCUGUGGCACCAUAUUCGCGGUUCGACAUUUUGUUUACCCAGGAUCACAGUGAUAGUGUUAUGUGUUUGUGA